AUGGGGUAUUCUGUGAGAGAAGAUGUGUGGUGGGCGAGGGCCAUAACCAUAUUCAUAUUACUAUUAGGGUUUCAUGCAGAAAGUGAGGGGUGCUUGAAAGAAGAGAGAGAAGCUCUUCUGAAAUUGAAAGAAGCUUUCAAUUAUCCAAGUGGCUCUUCUCUUCCUUCUUGGAAUAACCAAACCUUCUCUGAUUGCUGCACUUGGGAGUCUGUACAGUGUGACAACUCUACUCACAGAGUGAUAGUAAUUGAUUUGAGUUACACAAGAGCUGAAGAGUUGGGACACAUCAAUGGGCUGCUUGGCGAUUUCAGGCUGGUGAACUUGGAAGCAUUGAGCUUACAAGACAAUAUGCUCACAGAAUUCCCAUAUUUCGACCUUUCUCAUUCACGUAAUCUGGAUGAGCUGUGGCUUGAUGAAAAUUACUUGGAAGGCGGUAUUCCAAAAUCUGUUACAUCUCUUACUUCCCUCACCGUAUUGACAUUACGCAAUAACAACCUCAAUGGAUCAUUGCCACAACAAGGAGGCCUGUGCAAUUUGAAGAAUAUUUUAUUAUUGGAUCUUACCGACAAUGAAUUUGAGGGGCAACUCCCUCCAUGCCUUGGCAAUUUGACGUCCUUACGCACGCUUUAUCUUCUUCGAACUCGUUUUGAAGGAAACUUUCCUUUCUCACUCUUUCAUACUUUGAGGUCUCUAACAGCACUUGUUUUGUCUGACAACAAUUUCAGUGGCUCAUUUUCACUCUCUUCACUUGUCAACAACUCCAACCUCAAAAUCUUUUCCAUUUUAUGCUCUAACACCAACCUGAGGCUUGAAACAGAGAAUCCCCCAUUUAUCCCUUCCUUCCAAUUGAGGUUUUUCAUGAUCCUCAACUGUACUCUAAAUGAAGCCAAAGCUAAAAGAAUGCCUACCUUUCUACUUCAUCAAUAUGACUUGUUGUUUCUACAGCUUAGUUACUUGAACAUUUCAGGGACCUUCCCAUCCUGGCUUUUGACAAACAACACAAAAUUGAAUUAUUUCAAUUUGACCCACAGCUUUUUCACUGGUCCAUUUGAACUCAAUUCCACCUCAAAAUUGCUUCAAAUGGAGUAUUUUGAUAUUUCCUCUAACCCCAUUAGAGAUGAAAUGCCUUCUCAUAUUGGCUUCAUUUUUCCCAACUUGAUCUCUCUUAACAUGUCUUUAACUUUAUUGCGAGGUUGCUUCUCAACUUCAAUAGGUGAAAUGAGACAAUUGAAUGAUCUCGACUUGUCAAAUAAUAAUUUAUCUGGUUACUUGCCCCAAGAAUUUGGUCAAGGUAACAAUGAAUUGAGGUUUUUGAAGUUGUCAAACAACCACCUAAGCGGCCCAUGUCUUCCUAUAGGAUCAAAUUUCACGUCUUUGUUGCUUUUGGAUCUCAACAACAAUAACUUCAAAGGAAAGCUUGAAGGUGGGGUCAUGAAUAGUACUGAAUUAAGAAUAUUGGAUAUUAGUGCCAACCAAUUAUCUAGUGAAUUACCUAGCUGGAUUGGAAACCUUCAACAUUUGAGUUACCUCACUUUGUCAAAUAAUUCUUUAAGAGGUUCACUACCAGAAAGUUUUUGCAACUUGACCAAACUUACAUAUUUAGACCUUUCUAAAAAUAAAUUCAUUGGCUCUUUGCCAAUCUGUCUAAAUUUUCCAUUGUUAAAGUACUUACAUUUGCAGAGCAACCAUUUCAAGGGACCUCUACCUUCCACUUUGGCUAAUUCCCCUUUAUUGUUGACUUUAAAUUUGAUGAAUAACAAUUUUUCUGGUCAAGUUUCAAAAUUGAAUGGCUCAUUUUUGAGUUUGAGGAUCCUCAUGUUAAAAGGAAACAAACUUGAAGGCCCUAUUCCUACACGUUUAUGCGAGCUCAAGAAUAUUAGGUUAUUAGAUCUUUCUCAAAAUAAGCUUUCUGGAGGCAUACCAUAUUGCUUGAAUAACAUCACAUUUGGGAAGAUAGAUGCACGAGGGGAAACCGAAAUAGGACAUUUUAUUGUGUCAUGGACCACGAGGUUGUCAUUGUAUGGUUUUUACGUUGAGACUGGUGGGAUUACUAUGGAUGAAGAAAAACGAAAUGUUACAUCGUAUAAAGACCAAGAAGUAGAUUUUACAACAAAAAGAAGGUAUGAAUCUUAUAAAGGAAGCAUUUUAAAUUUCAUGUCUGGAAUGGAUCUCUCAAGUAAUGAAUUGACAGAUGAGAUUCCUUCACAAAUUGGAUACUUAGGCACUAUCCAUGCAUUAAAUUUGUCAAACAAUCAAUUGAAGGGGCCUAUUCCAGAAACAUUUUCCAACCUCAAGCAGAUAGAGAGCCUUGAUCUUUCACACAACAAAUUGACAGGUCACAUUCCUGAACAACUAAUUCAGUUGUACUCCUUGUCCGUCUUCUCAGUGUCUCAUAACAAUCUAUCUGGAAGGACACCGGAUAUGAAAAAUCAAUUUGCAACUUUUGAUUCAGCCAACUAUGAAGGGAACCCCUUUUUAUGUGGUCCGCCUCUACAACAAAAUUGCUCAAAAGCAGGGAAAAACAAGCAACCCCAUCAUUUGGAAGGGGAUGAUUUUCGAGAUGCCUUUUUAUGGAGUUUUGCUGGAGCAUUUGGGGUGUUUUUUAUAGGUGUCAUUAUAGUUUUUUAUUUGAACCCUUACAUUUGCAAUUACAGACUACUCAUACUAGAGAGAGCUGUGACAAGUUAUCUGUAUGAGUGGUGGCAAAAUAGAAAAACGUUUUAG